GACUUAAUCUCAGGAUAAUAAUAAUUAAAUAUAAUAAUAAAACAUCAGUUUACAGAGGUGAAAUGUGUCUGUAAAACAGUUGUAUAAAACGGCCGUUUAGAUUCCAUGGUUGCUACGUUUGUCUCCACCAUAACAGAUCAGAAUUUAAACAAAAACAAUCAAAACUCAGACGGUCAAAAACUUAAUUGUCUAACUUUCACUCGACAAUUUCUCUGAAAUUAUCGCCUCGACUCUGCACUUCUUACAUCCUGUCCAGAGUUAAAGACCCAAAGUUAAAAGUCACAGCGAGAAAACUGACUUCCAUCAUGGAAAAUAGUAAUAUUCCGAGCCACCUGUUGGACCAUACCUACAACAAAGUUAUUAGAGUCUCAGCACGCCAGGCACAGGCUACCAAGAGAGCAGCAGCCUGCAGAGACUGCUCCUGCUGCAGAGACAACCAGCACUCUGAAGCUCCUGCAAACCCACCCAAAAAAAGGAGGCGCACCUCUGCUGCUCAGCCUUCAACACCUCCUGCUGAUACUCCAGCUUCAUCUAAUCAGGUCCUGAAGCCUCGCGCUCCAAUUUCACCUGCUGACUUACCUUUGGUCUCUUCUGUGCCCUCUAGCCCCCAGCCCACUGCUCCACCUCUCCCAGACGAGCCCCUGAUGAUAUGCGGCCUCCCCGUGGAAGAGUACCAACAGCUCUACCAUGAAGUUGUCGACGACAUGCUGAGGUUCACGAAUAGCCGGCAGCGUCCAUAUACUUUGGCCCUGGGUCGCCGCAUCAAGCAGAAGCUGUGGGAGAGGCUGAACCGUCCGACCUUCACCGAGACAGUCGACGCAGACGGCCGGGUGCAUGUGGGCACAUCAUACGGGGUUGGUGACCACCCUCCCCAGUAUGAUGUGGACACAUCAGAAGAACCGGGGCCCAGUAAACGAGCUAAGCACUAAAAUGAUUUAUUAUCAUUCUUAGUUCUCUUAAGGUUUAGUCUAAUUGUGUUUAGUUUUAGUUUAGUAUUGUUAAGGUUUAGUUUAGUAUUGUUAAGGUUUAGUUUAGUUGUGUUUAGUUUUAGUUUAGUAUUGUUAAGGUUUAGUUUAGUAUUGUUAAGGUUUAGUUUAGUUGUGUUUAGUUUUAGUUUAGUUUAGUUUAGUAUUAAGGUUUAGUUGAAUAUUGUUUAGAUUUAGUUUAUUAGUGUUAAGGUUUAGUUUAGUUGUGUUUAGUUUUAGUUUAGUAUUGUUAAGGUUUAGUUUAGUAUUGUUAAGGUUUAGUUGAAUAUUGUUUGGAUUUAGUUCAGUAGUGUUAAGGUUUAGUUUAGUGUUGUUAAGGUUUAGUCUAGUUGUGUUUAGUUUUAGUUUAGUAUUGUUAAGGUUUAGUUUAGUAUUGUUUAGAUUUAGUUUAGUAGUGUUAAGGUUUGGUUUAGUUGUGUUAAGGUUUAACUUAAUAUUGUUUAGGUUUAGUUUAGUGUUGUUAAGGUUUAGUCUAGUUGUGUUAAGGUUUAAUGAAAUAUUGUUUAGGUUUAGUUAAAUAUUGUUUAGUUUAAGUUUAGAUAGUGUUGAGUUUAGUGGGGAGUUUAGGAUUUGUUGUUAUAACUUUAAUAUUUGUAGUUUUAAGUGUCACACUAAAGAGUUGUCCAGUUUUUGAGUUUCAGGAAAUGCAGCCUCCACCUUCAGUUUGAACAUACACCUGCCAGAACAGCCUCCACCUUCCCUGAAAACCAGCUCCACCCUCCGUCCUCCAAUUCACACUAAAACUCAGCCCGUCACCACCACCACCUUCCACCCGCAGCC